UUUAAUAAUGAAGAAACUUUGUUUGAAACGGUCUUACUUAACUCGCGGUUUUUUCACUUUUCCGCAGAGAUGUAUGCUUAUAUGUUCAAAUAUAUUAUUAUUGGGGACACAGGUGUGGGAAAAUCCUGUCUCCUUCUCCAGUUUACUGACAAACGCUUCCAACCUGUUCAUGAUUUAACCAUUGGCGUUGAGUUCGGUGCCCGCAUGAUAAAUCUCGAUGGAAAGCAGAUUAAACUACAAAUAUGGGAUACGGCUGGACAAGAAACAUUCCGUUCAAUUACUCGCUCUUAUUAUCGUGGUGCCGCAGGUGCCCUUCUCGUAUAUGACAUAACGCGACGAGAUACUUUUGCGCAUCUUACGUCGUGGCUCGAAGAUGCCAAACAACAUUCAAGUUCCAACAUGGUCAUCAUGCUUAUAGGGAACAAAUGUGAUCUCGAGAGCCGUCGCGAUGUUCCUCGCGAAGAGGGUGAGGCCUUCGCACGAGAACAUGGUCUUAUUUUCCUUGAAACCUCUGCAAAGACGGCGAAAAAUGUGGAGGAAGCCUUUAUAGAGACUGCAAAGUGUAUUAACGAAAAGAUACAAGAAGGUGUGCUGGAUGUGAACAACGAUGCUAACGGUAUCAAACUUGGCCCACAAAAUUAUCCAAGUGGAGCAACGGCUUCUGGUGCCGGCACUUCUAAGGGGAAUUCCAGUGGUUGUUGCUAA